AUGCCCUCCUCGGUGCCCUUCUCCUCCCAACCUUCUCCUUCCACCAAGAGGCCGCCAUCAUCGCCCACCGCCGCCAUCUGGACCCGCCCUUCCCCCUCCUCCUCCGACCACCCUCCCUCGGACUCCUCCUCCUCUUCGUCGUCGUCGGCAGCCGCCUCCCCCGAGGUCAUCAUCGCGCCUCCGAGUGACACGCAGCACCAGCACCAGCAGCAGCAGACGGCCACCGCCGCCGCGGCCCUGGCGCCCGAACUCUCGGUCAUCCCGCUGCCCGUGCCCUCCUGGGCGGCGUCCUGCUCGUCGUCGGCGUCGGCCUCCUCGCCGCCGCCGCUAGACGCCCACCACCCCCCGCCCGCGGUGCAUCUCCCGGCGGUCUUCCUCUCCUCGGCGGACUCGAGGGCCGCCUCCUCGACGCGGCUCCCACUCGCUUCCCCACCGCUGCAGCAGCCUCCGCCUCCACCGCCGCCGCCGCCUUUGCCUCUGUCUCUGCCGCUGCCGCUGUCGCUGCCUCUCCUCUCCUCCAGAGGAUCUGCGGGAGGAGGAGGACUGGGAGGAUCGUCAUCAUCAUCGCCACCGUCCACUUCACCGCACGUGUCCCUUUCCCAACACGUGUCCCUCUCGUCCCCGAUCCCUACGGUCGUGCCGAUCAGCAGCAGCAGCACCACCACCAACAGCCCUUCGGCGGCUGCAGUGGCUGCAGCGGCGGCGGCGGCGGCAGCAGCAGCGGCGGCCGUCUGUAGUCGUCAGCGGCGCCUCCAGCAGCAGUAG